UCGGCCUUUCUAAGGUCUUCCCAGAGGAUGAUCUUAGCCACGUCGUCACUGCAGUCAUGGGUACUCCCGGCUAUGUCGAUCCUGAGUACUACAACACGUUUAAGCUAAACGAGAAGAGCGACGUGUACAGUUUCGGGAUCGUCCUCCUUGAACUCAUAACCGGCCAGCGAUCCAUAAUGAAAACUGAAGACGGAGACAAAAUGAACGUUGUUCACUACGUUGAGCCUUUCCUCGAAACCGGAGACAUAGACGGUGUCGUGGAUCCACGGCUUCACGGGGACUUCUCCUCAAACUCGGCUUGGAAAUUUGUAGAGGUGGCAAUGUCUUGCGUCAGAGACAGAGGAACCAACAGACCAACAACAAACCAAAUCGUGUCUGAUCUGAAACAGUGCUUAGCCGCUGAGCUGGCUCGUGAGCCACAGAGCCAUCACAAGAAAGAAGUAGUGAAAGAGAAGCAAACGAAGUCGCCAAUUCGAAAAUAUAGCAGCGAUGAAUAUAAUAGCACGUCCGGAUCGGUUUCGCUUACUUAUGGAGAUUACUCCACGUUUGGCCCAACGGCAAGGUAGUGAGAAAUUAAUUUUAAGGUUUGAUUCAUCAUUUUAUGUUCAUUUUACUUUUGUUUGUU